ACAGUGUACAUAGAGAUGAGCACACAACAAACUCGUUCGGGGGGCGGAGGCGGAGGCGGCGGCGGCGGCAGUCGCACUCAGAAAAAGUCAAAUUCCGCUCAUAUUGGCGGCGGUGGCAGUGGUGGUGGCGGUGGCAACAGCAACAGCGAUGCCGGUGGCAACACACAUGCCGCAACGGUGCACAAGAAAACCGAUGCGAUCAAGACAGAGAAACCAGAGAAGGCACAACCGAAGGCCACCACGGAACAGUUGCGCAUCGCCCAGAUAACCAAUAGCAGCACCACAGAGGAUCCGCAGAUCAAAGAAAAGGUCAACCUAUUGCUAACAAUGACCCAACGUUCCGAGGAGGAAGUCUGCUGUGCGUUGAACGAGUGCGACUAUGAUCUGCAGGCAGCUGCCAAUUUCUUGAUCGAGAUUCUGCCACAGGGCGCCUUUGCCAAGUACGAGAAAAAACGGAAGAAUAAGGCUGCAAAUAGCGUUGCCGAUGGCGCCGGCGGCGAUGGCGACUGGGCAGAUGGCAACGCAAAUGCGGACAGGCGCGAAAAGUCGCGCAAUCGCAGCGCCAAUCGUGGUGGACGCGGCGGCACCGACAGUCGCGGCUGGCGCGGCAGAGAGGCCCGUGAGAAUGAUCGCAACAUGCGCGAAUCUCGUGGCGGCGAUCGUAAUGAGGAUCGCGCCAAUGACAACUAUCGCGGACAGCGCAACGGCGGCCGAGGCGGACUCGGCGGCGAUCGUGGCGGCAUUGGUAGGGACGGCGGCGGACGAGACGGCGGCGGUGGGCGAGGCGGUGGCUUCAUGUCACGUCCGGGACGCGGCGGUGGUCGCAUGGGUGGACGCAGUGGCGGAGCGCGCGGCGAGCGGGGCUUUGGUGGAAUGCGGAACAAUGCGAACAGCGACGAUCACCACGAGGUAGAACUGUGGGACAACACCAUAGCGCAGAAUGCGGAAAAACAGCAACAGCAGCAGGCCCACGACGAUGCCUGGGGCGAUUGGAACAAUGAGGAGUACGAGGGCUCGCUGAAGGACAGCAAAGUGUUCACCACGAGCAACCUCAGCACGCAGACGGCGGCGAGUGUUGUCAGCGGCGUUGGCGGUGCAUCGUCGGUCACGGUUGGCGGUGAGCUAUCGGCGCCACCGGGUCUGGAGCAGCAUCAUCAUGUUGUGGCACAGGGAGGAUCUCAUCUGGGUGCGUCGCUCGAGGACAGCAGCAGUGGCAGUGCGGCGCCAACGCCUGCGGCAGCGGCGAGUAUCGGCACAGUAUCAGGCACAACGCCGAUGAUGCAGUACAGUGCUGCUGUGAGUAAUCCGCCGCCACAGCUGCAAUCGGUGGUGAGCACGCCGAGCAGCGUUGCGCUCAACUCCUCCUCACCCUAUGUAUCCGCCAAUGCUUCCGUUGUUACUGGCGCCACCGAUACAUUCUCGGUGGCAGCCAACCUGGUGCAGCAGGUCAAGCAUCUUCAGCAGCAGCAGCAACAGCAGCAGCAGACGCCACUGAAGCCAUCAGCCACAUUAUCAGCUGAACAAUCUCAGUAUUUCAACUCGCUGACGUCACAGGGCGCCAGUCCGACAGCCGCAGCGGCAGCAGGAGCUGGCCAACCAUCAUCGAUGGUCGGCGUCUAUGGCAGCCAGAGUCAGGGCGUAGCAUCGGCGGCAUACACGCCGCGUGGCACAUAUGCGAAUGUGUUUGCCUCGGCGCCUGGUUCGAGUGUUGUUGUGGACACACCGAACAGCAGCAGCGGCGGCGAACAGUCGCAGCAGCCACAGGUGAGGAGGGCAAGGGUCAAGCUGCCACCGCCAUCGAAGAUACCGGCGAGCGCUGUGGAAAUGCCCGGCGAUAAUGCGCUGAAUAACAUUGGCUAUUUGGAUGUGCAAUUUGGUGCCAUGGACUUUGGCAACGACGACAGCUUCGAUGCGCUGCCCGAGAAAUUCAAUGCGGCCACCAUCGAUGGUCAACAGCAGCAGCAGCAGCAGGAUGACUAUCAGACCAAGGCGCAGCAGCAGCAACAGGCGGCGCUCUCAGCGGGCCUACAGAAUGCGCAAAUCUUACAGGGUGAUGCGUUAAGUGCAGCCGGCUAUGCCGCGCAACGCUCGACGGCGCAACAGCAGCAGCAACAACAGCAGCAGCAGCAGCAACAACAGAGCGCCAAUGCGCUGGACCAAUUGACCAAGAAUGAUCCAUAUGGACAGCAGGCGGGCAGCGGUAAUAAUGGUGCCACGCCCUAUCAGAAUGCGUAUCAGAGCAGCGCCGCCAGCAAGGCAAACAGUGGCUAUCAAACGUCAGCGUCUGUGCCGGGUGGCUACAACAGCUCCAGCUAUGCCAAUGUUCAGUCGUCGGUGGUGGGCAACAGCUAUCAGCCGUCGAGCUAUGCCAGCUAUCAGCCCAACGCUGUUGUCAACUCCUAUCAGCAGCAGCAGCAGCAGGCGGCUGGCAAUUCACAGAAUGCGGCGGGGGGCAGCGUUGCAGGCAGCGGUGCGGCAACACAAAACAUUCCGAUCAGUGGCAGUGGCGGCCAAAAUAGCUCCAGCGCGAAUGCGAGCUCCGCCUAUCUCACAUCGGGUUAUUCGACACCACAAAGUGCUUACCAGUCCAGCCAGAGUGUCUAUGGCAACACUGGUCUCUCCAACAGCAGCGGGUUUGCUGGCAGCGCAAGCAAUUCGUCCUCGCAGUAUAACUUUAGUGCUAGCGCCAAGCUUAAAGAUGCUGCUGCAGCCGGCGCUGCAGCCCACUACGACAGCGGCGUGAACAGCAGCAGUGCAAGCACUGGGAACGGUGCAACGGGCGCGGGAAGCGGUGCAACAACAGGUGCUAAUAAUCAAGCGGUCGUUUCUAAUUCCAACAACAAUGUGAGCGGCAGCAGUUCGGCCAGCAGCGUAACGGCUGGUGGCAACAGCAACAGCAGCAGCAAUGUGGCAGCAGUUAGCAGCCAGGCGGGCGUAAGUAGCGGCGGCGUCAGUGCGUCUAGCGUCGUCGGCGGCGGCGGCGGUGGUGGCAACAAUAAUGCCGGCUCUGUGGCGGCCGUUGCACAAACGGCUGCCGGCACCGCAGCGGUGCUGGCCUCGCUGACCAACAAGAACAGCAGCAGCAGUAACAGCAGCGGCAGUGGUGGCAACGGCGGUGGCGGCGGCGGAGGCAGCGUCAGCAGCAGCGGCGCUACAGCGAGCAGCGCCGGCGGCGCAGGCGUCGGCAGCAGCUCAACUGGUGCUGGUGGUGCUGGUAGUGGUGGUGGCAGCGGCGGCGGUGGCAGCAGCGGCUUGGUGCCCACCAACAUCCAAAUGGUUAGUCAAUAUAUUCAGGCUGGGGUGCCAUACUAUCAGCAACAAGUUUAUUCCUACGAGGAAUUACAAAUGAUGCAACAGCGAGUGCCACAUGUGCAAGGCUAUUAUGAUCUGAACUACACGUCACCCAGCUUGAAUGCUGGCCGCGACAAUCUGGGCUCAGUGGCAUACUCAACAAUGACUGAUGGACGCUUUGCGCGCACCGACAAUAAUUCCAGUCCUGUUAGUAAUGUGUCGACCACAAUGUCGCAACAAGCUGGCUCCAGUGCGCCCAUGCUGAAUGUUCCUUAUGCUUAUUUCUAUGGUGGCAACGUAAUGCCCGGCGGUUUCCAAUAUGGCACACCAGCCAUCUAUCCACCACAAAUACCGGCGGCAAAUACCGCAUCCGGUGGCCAGUUUCCAAAGCCAUCGUAUGGCACUGGCUAUGGUUCGAGCACCUAUGAAACGCUCUCGCAAACAACUCAGGAUUAUAGCAAGGGCGGCUACUCGUCCAGCGUGAAUCAACAGAGCAAAACGCAAGCGGUUUCCAAUCAGCCGCAAGCGGGCACCGGCUCCGAUCUGACCUCAUCCAUGUAUGGCAAGAAUCAUGUGGCGCUAAACAAGGUCAAUUCGUACGAGAAGCAGAGUUUCCACUCGGGCACACCGCCACCGUUCAACAUGGCGAAUACACAGACAGCUGGCGGCACCUCUGCCCAACCGUAUGGCAUGUAUCUGCCGAUGCCAACUGCCGGACAUCACAACAUGAUACAUCAGCCCAUCCAUCAGAUGGACGGCAGGAUUCAUAGCUCAUCCCGCCGGGACUCGAACAGUGCUGGACAGCGCCAACAGUCGAGCAGCCAGUCAAAGUCGGCCGGCAAACCGAGUUACCCAACCUCGUACUGGACCGGACAGAACUAGCUUCCGGAGAAGACCAAUUGGCGGCCACUGCAGAUAACGCUACAGCAGAGCGCCGGCCGAUCACGCGAAUUAUAUACCCUAUGCACCAAUACAACAACAACAACAGCAGCAGCAGCAACAACAACAGCAACAGCAGCAACAUCCAUUCACAUUUAUAAUAGUAAUAUCAGUCAGAGAACUUCGUUGCCUAUAGCAGAUACUACGACCACAAUAAUAUCAACAGCAACAACAACUAAAGCGACCACAACAACUGCAACAAAUCAGUUACUAAUGCUUGCAAAGGAGCAACAACAGCCGCAUACAAAAUCUGAAGAAUGUCCAAUAAGCGAGAAGAAGCAUUCAUUGGAUGUUGCUGAUGAUGAUUAUCUAUUAUAUGAGGAUGACAGAUCAUAUAUUACUUAAUAAGAAAAACGUUUUUACUACAAACGCACCGUAAAAGGCGCCGCCGCCGCCGCCUUCUCCUCUUCCUCCUCUCCUUCAUCUCCAUCUCUAUCUACAACAACCACAAGAAAGAAAGCAAGAAAGAAAACAAUAUACAUAGAACGUAUCGCAUGUGCAGAUCUUUGCAACUUUAUAAAGUAUACAUAGCCCUCACACACACACCACAACACAUAUAUACACACAACAUCCCACAUUAACACACACACACACACACUCGCAUAUACACUGAAACCAAAACAGAAAAGAAACAUAAACAAACAUACAGCCAACAUUUGCAUAUAAACUAUACCAAGUACCAUUUUUCACAUUGCAUACAAAUAAUUUACAAAGAUAAAAGAUAACAAUUAUUAAAUAUUAAAGGCGUAAAACGAUUUAACAGAUUUAUAAGCGUAAGAUGAAAAAGUAUACAAAAAACAAAAAUAAAACAAAACAAAACAAAAAACGUAACGUGAAUGAGAAAACACACAACAACAAACAAACAACAAAUUAAUUAUUGUAAUCGGUUUAAACUUAUGUGUAUUGUAUAAUUAUAACCUUAAUAUUUAAAUUAAAUACAAGAAAAGAAGAUAAAAAAGAUACGAUUAAAUCCAAACAAAUGCAAAAAC